UGGGCAUUCCCAGACCCCCCAUCUACCCUCCAACUCUCUCUCUCUCUCUCUGCUCUUAACACUUUGAUUUAUUUGUAAACACGCUAAAAUGUGCCAACUAACUUCCCCUCUCCCCGGCAAAUGCGACUCAAACCCUCCAUACCUUGUCUCAAUCAAAAAACCAGAGCAUCCCAACAUGCUUACCAACCCAUUUAUCUCCGGGGCCGGGCCAACAUCACAAGAAGGACAACAACAAACAUGGAAACCACAAAAAACACACCUGUCCCGUGCCGUCAGUGAAGCCAUUUCCAUAGCCAAAAUAGCUUUUCCCAUGAUACUGACAGGCCUUUUGAUUUAUUCUCGCUCACUGAUUUCCAUGCUUUUCCUCGGCCGCCUAGGUGAGCUCGCCUUGGCCGGCGGUUCUCUCGCCGUCGGAUUCGCCAACAUCACCGGUUACUCUAUUCUCUCCGGCCUUGCCAUGGGAAUGGAACCCAUUUGUGCCCAAGCUUUUGGUGCCAAAAAACACACCCUCCUCGGCCUCUCCUUGCAGAGAACGGUGCUUUUGCUCACCUUUACGUCAUUACCUAUAUCUCUUCUAUGGUUAAAUAUGAAGAAAAUCCUUCUCUUUUGUGGCCAAAAUGAAACUAUUGCCAGAGAAGCACAAUCAUAUCUUUUGUAUUCACUCCCUGACCUCUUAGCUCAAUCACUACUACACCCAUUGCGCAUCUAUCUUCGGUCACAAUCCAUAACUCUGCCUCUAACAUUUUGUGCUGCUCUUUCCAUUUUCCUUCACAUACCCAUCAAUUACCUUCUUGUUUCACAUCUUAAUUUAGGAAUCAAAGGCGUCGCUCUUAGCGGUGUUUGGACUAACUUCAGUCUUGUAGGCUCUCUGAUCAUCUACAUCCUUAUCUCCGGCCUCCACAGGAAAACCUGGGGAGGUUUUUCGAUGGAGUGCUUUAAAGAAUGGAGGUCUUUGUUAAAUUUGGCCAUUCCAAGCUGCAUUUCCGUCUGCCUCGAGUGGUGGUGGUACGAGAUCAUGAUUCUGCUAUGUGGAUUGUUGAUAAACCCCACAGCAACCGUGGCUUCCAUGGGCAUUCUAAUCCAAACUACAUCGCUUAUCUACAUAUUCCCUUCAUCACUGAGCUUUAGCGUCUCCACAAGAGUUGGCAAUGAACUUGGUGCGAACAACCCAAGAAAAGCAAACCUAGCAGCCAUUGUUGGCCUUUCUUGCAGCUUCGUACUGGGCUUUUCUGCACUGGUUUUCGCAGUCAUGGUGAGGAAGAAAUGGGCUACUAUGUUCACCCGAGAUAAAGACAUUAUAGACUUGACAGCACUGGUUUUACCGAUUAUUGGGUUUUGUGAGCUCGGAAACUGCCCGCAAACAACGGGCUGCGGAGUGCUGAGAGGGACAGCAAGGCCUAAAGUGGGAGCAAAUAUCAACUUGGGGUGCUUUUACCUUGUGGGAAUGCCAGUGGCAUUGGGGUUGGCUUUCUAUGCUGGACUCGACUUCCGGGGGCUGUGGUUGGGCCUUUUGGCAGCGCAAGGCUCGUGCGCAGCGAGCAUGUUGGUGGUGUUGAGUCUAACAGAUUGGGAAUUAGAAGCCAAGAGAUCAAAGGAACUAACCGGAGCUGUCCUUGUUGAUGACAGUCAGGAGGUUGAUCAUGAGGAGCAAAAGCCACUCAAAGCUGAAAUCAAGGAAGGUUUUAUGCUUUCAUCUGGGAGGAACUCAGAUCAACCUCAUGACUUGCUUGUUUAACUAAGUAGUUAGACAUGGCUUUACAUAAUACUUUAAAUCAAAUCUAAUUUAUAAAUUUACUUUUAUAAAAUCUUAGAAGAAUCUGUGUAACUAAAGCUUUUUUUAUGUUGGGUUAUGUCCUUGGCUAGCUGUACAUGGGGGAGUAGUAGUGCAUGAGAAAGAAAGAGGUGGGGAAUUUUGUAUUGGCCUGGAUGUCUGGUGGAAUUUAACCAGACUGCAAAAAAAAAGAAAAAGGUGUGUGUGGGGGGAGCAUUUGAAUAUCAUUGGAAGUAGCACAUAGAAAGGUCAUUACUGCUACAUGAGCUUCAUCCGAGA